AUGGUGGUCCCGCUCUCCUCCUCCCUCUUCCCCGAAUCGGCUUCCAGCAUGGACUCGUCGGACUGCUCCUCCCCGCGGAGAAGAGAGCGCCGGCCACAGGGUUCCCCUACAACCAAUCUCAAGCCCGGAAAGGUCUCCCACAAAGUCAAGAAGAGCCACCCGUCGCCGCCGCCGCAGCGUCCGCCGGUCAUAAUCUACGUGAGUCCUCCCAAGGCGAUACACGUCGAGCCAGGGAACUUCAAGACGGUGGUGCAGCGUCUCACCGGAGCGUCUCCUGAGUCUUUCCCCACCGCCGCAGAAGGCCCCCCCGAGUCCUCGGAAUCGCCGUCUGGUUGUCCCCCGCCAAGCAACCCACCGCUCAUCCCACCGCCCGCCGCCACGGGGUGGUCGCAGGCGUCGUAUGAAGGUGAGAGCGCCGCCGAGGACCAGCCGGCGGUGGGCGGCGGUGGCACUGGGCUUGACCGGUCGGACUACUUCUCCGGGCUGUCUCCCCUGCAACAGCUUCCGCCGGUUUCCCCGGGCUACAGCGACGACCUUUGCCCGCCAUUCCAAGAGGAACUGCUCCCACCCAGCUCCUCCCAUCUCUUCUCCUCGCUGACCUUCUCCUCCCCGGAAACGGACGGCACUUUCUCAACCAUUACCACGAUGAAUUUCUCCACCUUCCACUUUGUGAAGGAAGAAUAA